CGUUCUGGUGCGGGGACUGUCUGCCGGUGAAUGAUUUUUCCCAGAAACCUACGCGUCGGUCGCCUCCGCCUUUUCUGCUCUACGGGCUGAUCAUGGCGUUCACGUUUGCGGCCUUUUGUUAUAUGCUGGCUUUGCUUCUCACUGCGGCUCUCAUCUUCUUCGCUAUAUGGCACAUUAUUGCAUUUGAUGAGCUGAAGACGGACUACAAGAAUCCAAUAGAUCAGUGUAAUACACUAAACCCGCUUGUGCUUCCAGAGUACCUCAUCCAUGCCUUCUUCUGUGUCAUGUUUCUGUGUGCUGCCGAGUGGCUUACACUAAGUCUAAACAUGCCACUCUUGGCGUACCAUAUUUGGAGGUAUAUGAGUAGACCCAUCAUGAGUGGACCAGGGCUAUAUGAUCCUACAACUAUUAUGAAUGCAGAUAUUCUGGCAUAUUGUCAAAAGGAAGGAUGGUGCAAACUAGCUUUUUACCUUCUCUCAUUUUUUUACUACCUUUAUGGGUAAGUAUUCCUUUUUUUUUUUUUCUUUUUUUUUUUCUU